CGCGGAGGCACCUGAAGUCUCUCGCCGCGGAGGAGGGCGGGGAAGCUGAGUCGCUCUCGGAGCCGUCCUGCAUGCGGGCUGCUAUUGUCCGCGGCCUGUGAGGUUGCCUGGUCCCCUCCUCCCAGCGAAUAAGAAUAAAAGAAUCUGAAAAAGUUGAAGAAGAUAAAAUAUAUUCAGUCUCCAAACCAGAAGAUCUACAAAGAAGGAAAUGCACAAUUUUGAGGACGAGUUAACCUGUCCCAUUUGUUAUAGUAUUUUUGAAGAUCCUCGUGUACUACCAUGCUCUCAUACAUUUUGUAGAAACUGCUUGGAAAAUGUUCUCCAGGCAUCUGGUAACUUUUAUAUAUGGAGACCUUUACGGAUUCCACUCAAGUGCCCUAAUUGCAGAAGUAUUAUAGAAAUUGCUCCAACUGGUAUUGAGUCUUUACCUGUUAAUUUUGCAUUAAGGGCUAUUAUUGAAAAGUACCAGCAAGAAGACCAUCCAGAUCUCAUCACUUGCCCUGAACAUUACAGGCAACCAUUAAAUGUUUACUGUCUACUAGAUAAAAAAUUAGUUUGCGGUCAUUGCCUUACCAUAGGUCAACAUCAUGGUCAUCCUAUAGAUGAUCUUCAGAGUGCCUAUCUGAAAGAAAAGGACACACCUCAAAAACUGCUUGAACAGUUAACUGACACACACUGGACAGAUAUUACUCGUCUAAUUGAAAAGCUGGAAGAACAAAAAUCUCUUUCGGAGAAAAUGGUCCAAAGUGAUAAGGAAAUUGUUCUCCGGUAUUUUAAGGAGCUUAGUGAUACAUUAGAACAGAAAAAAGAAAUUUUCCUAACUGCUCUCUGUGAUGUUGCCAAUCUGAUUAAUCAAGAAUAUGUUCCACAAAUUGAAAGAAUGAAAGAAAUGAGAGAGCAGCAGUUUGAAUUAAUGACAUUGACAACAUCUUUACAAGAGGAAUCUCCACUUAAAUUUCUUGAAAAACUUGAUGAUGUCCGCCAGCGUGUGCAGAUCUUGAAACAAAGACCACUUCCUGAUGUCCGGCCUGUUGAAAUUUGUCCUCGAGUAAGCCAAGUAUUGAAAGAAGAUUGGAGCAGAACAGAAAUUGGACAAAUUAAGAAACUUCACAUUCCUGAAAUGAAAAUUUCUUCAAAAAGAAUGCCAUGUUCUUGGCCUGAUGAUGAAAAGGAAGUUGAAUUUUUUAAGAUUCUAAACAUUGUUAUAGUCACACUAAUUUCAGUGAUACUGAUGUUGAUCCUCUUUUUUAACCAACACAUAAUUACCUUUCUAAAUGAAAUCACUUCAAUAUGUUUUUCUGAAGUCUCUUUAUCUGUUUACCAAAGUUUAUCUAACAAUCUGCAUGACUUAAAGAAUAUACUGUGUCGCGCUUUAUAUUUACUUAAGGAAUUCAUAUGGAAAAUAGUUUAUCGUUGAAAAUUCAUAUUUAAAUUGUUUAAAUAGGCUUAUUCUAUAAAGACUAACAACCAUUACUAAAUGGGGAAAUGGGGGUGGCAUGGAUAAACAAAAGGGCAAGCUAAACUUUAUUAAAUUUGCAACAGAUAUAAAUAUUUUAAACCUUUCAUGCUUCUUUUGGAUAGAAAUGUGUCAGAAACGAAACCAUGUCUCUAGUUUUCAGUUUGAAAACUAGAAUAAAAUCUAGUAAGUUUGACCGGAGUAUUUAUACAUUAUCCCAUUUUUAUUGGCUUCAGAGGUUGACUUAACAUUGCUGUGGCAUUUAAACAUCCUUGUACUAAUAUUGUCUUUUACUGUUGUUAAUAUACUUCAGUGGUUGGUUUUGCAGCUCUUCAUUACAUAGCUUUUAGAUUAAAAGAUGGCAGAAUCCUGCAAGUGUCUCUGCCUUUACUUUUGAUGUGGCUUGAAGCUUUUGAAUGGACAAAUAAAAGGAUGAUGAUGAGAUGGUUUAAAAAUCA